AGGGGCACAAACCAGACCGGCUCGUACCAUUCUCAGAGAGAGGGGGGGAAGCGUCGCGAAAGGAAGGAUACAAAUCAGGUCCCGGAAGUGCCGGGAAGGGAGGUGGGCUCCUCCUCGAGUCCCGUUCGUGGAGUUUGGCCGCUGCACGUGGACCGGACUGGGGCCGCAGCUAUGAGCACGUGCUCAGUCUCCAAGGGCUGCUUUGUGUUCAAGCCAGAUUCUAAGAAGGCGAAGGCAUCUUCAGCAGCUGACUAUUUUAGUAAAGGCAAUACUGACUCAGAGGAUAGUGAGCUACGAUUUGAUACUUGUCAGUUGUUAUGGAAACAGAUUAAAUGUGAAACAGAGCAACUACAAGAGGACUUGAAUAAAAAAUUGUUUGAUAACCUCAUAACAUUUUUGAGACAAUCUCAUUCAGACUUCCAAAAGAAGAAAACAGAAUGGGCUUGUCAAAUGAAGUCCAGCGAAAUUCCCACUGCAGCUGUUGUUCUAGGUGUCAAUGUUAUGGACCAUGAUUUGACAUUUAAAAGCCUCUCAGAAGUUCUUCAUGAUGAUGUUACUCCUUUUGUAGUGUCCCUGAGGUCCAAAGAAUGCCCAGGCAUAAAACAGCUUCUACAAAAGCUGAUGAUUCAGCUGAUGGGCUGUCAUGUAGAUGUAGACUCAUCCGAAGAAGAACAUUCCAAGCUUUCCUCAAAUAGGAUACGCUGCUCGGUGGCGUCUCUUAUUGAUUGGUAUAGGAACAUAACCAAGGAAACCGAUACCGAAUCUCCAUGCAGAAAAAGGAUGUUCUCUUCCAGACAUCUGGAAUCUCCUCCAGUUGUAGUAAUUUUCAAAGACUUGGAAAGUUUCACAACCAAAGUUCUGCAAGAUUUCAUAUUUAUUAGCAGUCAUUGUAUACAUGAAUUUCCACUGGUACUUAUUUUUGGAAUUGCCACCUCUCCAAUGAUCAUCCAUAAGUUACUUCCUCACACAGUUUCCUCUUCGCUAUGUAUAGAGCUCUUCCAGUCUCUUUCAUGCAAAGAGCAUUUGACUAAAGUAAUUGACAAGCUACUCCUGACAAACCAGUUUCCCUUUAAACUUAGUGAGAAAGUUCUGCAGGUGCUACUAAAUAUAUUUUUAUACCAUGAUUUCUCUGUUCAGAACUUCAUCAAGGGAUUUCAGCUCUCUCUUUUGGAGCAUUGUUAUUCCCACCCACUCAGUGUGCUGUGCUGUGAGAUCCAAGAAGCUAGGAAGAGAACAAAAAUGUUAUCACACAGUCAGUGUGAAAACAUUCGAAGACUGCCAUCUUUUAGAAGGUUUGUUGAAAACCAAGUAUCAAACAAGCAGACAGUUCUGUUGACAGAUGAUGAAUGUUUAAAGGAAACAACACAAGAAUUGCUGCAAGACCUACAUACUUACCACGAAAAUUAUUUUCCAAUUCUGUGUUGUCUUCAUGCUUUCACAUCUUCUCUUCCCAAGUAUCCGUUAGGCAAACAAAUCAGAGAGUUAUAUUGCACAUGUUUGGAAAAGAAAGUGUGGGAAACAGAAGAAUAUGAGUCAGCUAUUCAGCUGGUGAGGAUGAUGGCCAAGGAUGAGUUGGUGGUGAUUCUUGAAAAAUGUGUGGAGAUUAUUACUUCCUCUUCUUCAGAACAACUUAAAAUCCCUUCAGGGAAACUGGAGCAGUACCUGGACCAAUUUAGGAAUCUUGAAGCAGAAGCCAAUGGUGGUCAAGCGGAGCCCAUCUCCUCACUACAAGAACUUCAGAAGAAGACAGAUCUUUAUCACCUGCAAAAGACCCUGCUGGAGAUGAAGGAAUCAAGAAAGCUUAAGAAACUAACCAAAUUUGAAAUGCUUCGUUUUGAAGUGGUUGACUUUGUAGAUGGCCUUGUAAGAAAUUACCUUGCGCCUGCAGAGAUGCAGACUUUGCAUGAGGUGAUGUAUUUCAGCGCAGCUAAUACCCUCCGUGAACAUUUGAAUGCUGCCCCACGUGUUGCUCUUCACACUGCUCUCAACAAUCCGUAUUUCUACCUGAAGAAUGAAUCCUUGAAAACUGAUGCAGGAUGCAUUUCUAAUGCGGCUCCCGAUAUCUGUAUAGCAUACAAGCUUCAUUUGGAAUGUGGUAGAUUAAUUAACCUUGUUGACUGGUUAGAGGCUUUUUCAACAGUUGUAAUUGCUGCAGAAAAUCCAAAUUCCAAUGUCAAGGACCAGAUAGAUGAUGCUAUCCAUGCUCGUUUCAUUAGAGCAGUCUCAGAAUUGGAACUCUUGGGAUUCAUAAAGCCUUCAAAGCAGAAAACUGAUCACGUGGCAAGACUGACAUGGGGCAGCUGCUAGUAUACUUUCUACUGAGAAGGAAAUGCUUUGACCGAGAUUUUCUGUACACUCUGAACAACUGUGGUAGCACUUUCAUAAUGAGAAGUGCUGUUUUGCCACUAUAACAUUGACAAGUAGCUUCAUGGAUUUUGUUUCUUUGCAUUAAAGAAUAAGCUAAAUCCAUCCAUUUUAGAGAAUCCAGCCGAUAUUUGUGUUUGAGCAUUUUGACGUUUUUGUGCCUUUUCUGCAAUAAUGUCAAAUAAAACCGAAGUCAUCAUCACUGAUCUCUGUCCUAUCUACAGAAACGCCGAAGAAAAUAUUAAUAUUGUUAUGAGCUGAGCACAUUAAGAUGACUAUACACUGCAGACUAGACAAUGUGAUUGUUGAGGUGGGAUGCGAGACUCCCUACUGAUGUUUCUUUCCUACUGUGGGAGGCUAUACUCUAAUGUGGUGAGUUAAAACUAUUUAGAGAAUGGUGAUCAGCACCACUGUACUUCAGUAAUUUUAUUCAGAAGAAACUGUAGAAGCUACCUUUUUAUUAUUUGCAGUGUAUUUUUGUAAAUUUCUAAGAAAGUGAAAAAAUGCUUGCAUUCAGUGCCUGCUUUUAAGUUUGAAGCAAGCUCGUCAUCAAAGGAAGACUGAUCAAUACUGGCCUGCUUGGUACCAAAGCUGUGCCUAAUGCAUUGUUUCUAAGAGACCAGGAAGAUAUUGAAGACUUUAUUCAGUAUGUCAGGGAUUAAACAAGCAUAAUCAGUAUGACACUUUGGAUAAUAGUGUUCGUCACUGUUUUAGCUGGUGUUCGAACAGUUCUCUUUAAUCUUUCCAUUUCCCUUGGCAUGACACUCAAACAGUUGCAAUUUCCUUUAAAAAACAACAACCUUAAAGUGAGGAAAAAUGCAAUCAAACCUCAAAGUUAAAUUUAGGUUCUUAUGGAGCAAACAUGAGUGGGGAAUUACAGAACUCGAAGCCUGGCUGAAAUUACAGCGGGAGGAAACAACACUAGCAAAAAUUCAGGCUCAGAAUGUUGCAGUGUGGCCAUCCAAAUGCAAUAUAACAGAGGCUCCCAAAAUGUAAAAAUCGCUUUGAACAAUUUCAGCAGCAUCAUCAAUACUAGAAAAAGACUGAAAUGCAAGCCAAAUGAGCAGUCAUGUCUUUCAAGUUAAAAUCAGAGAUUUUAAUCCAGAAGUUUUAAGAAUCCUCAACGUUAACUGUCCCCCCAGCUUGAAAAUGCUAAUUCUUGGCAGCUGUGGUAGCAAAAGCAAUGAUUACUUCCAAGUAAAAGAAGUUUAUACAAAGACUUGGGCCAUACUUAAAAGUUAAAAGGCUACUUAUGUGUGGUAGCUAUUAGGAGUGUGCACCAGAUGUUUUCACAGAAGUGCCUGAAAUCUGCAGAUAAAGCAGCUCAUUCAUAGCAAAUUAAGCUUUGUAAAUUUUAGGCAGAUGCAUGCAGUAGUUUUGUGCAGCACACCUUUAAAGUAUGGUUUAACUUUCAUUUUAUGCCAGAAUUUGACACCUUAUACAAGUAUGAUCCACCCCUUCUGAGGCUACAGAGCCAUAUGGAAUCUUGAGAGUUCCUGAUUGAACUGAAACACUGUAUUAAUGGCAGUCUGACUCAAAAAUAUGAAAACCUUCAAAUCACACCAAUUUGUCUUGAAAUUUUAGUUCAGAGCUGACCAGUCCCCCACAGUAGCUAUGAAUAUGCUUUUUUAAAAUUUGGAUAAAAGUAUUGAUUCAAACAGGAAUAGCAUACCUUCUAAAAGGGGAAUUUGUUCCUCUUGGCAGUGCUUUCUACGUACUUGUGAGCAGUUUUUCAGAAAAGGAAA